UCACGUUAUAUGGGCCUUGACCACAGGGAACCACUUAAAAUUAUGCACGAAACACAUUCACAAUGCACGUGUGUACAUGUACGUGUUUUGCAAUCUUUUGUGGUCGUGUACAAGUUAAGUUACCACAAUUGGCCUAGUCCUAAGUUGGAGUUGUCGACGGAUGCAGAACAGUCUUUGGUCUUUAAUCUGUCACCAACUUUAAACAUGGCGAAAACAAUUAAGAAACAGAAGCGAAAGGACAAGAUCAGUAAAUCUGCCUCUAGCUCCAAUCCAGAUCGGCUCAAGGGAGCUGGAGGCCACAAUAUGCGUGACAGGACAACAAUCAAACGACUGAAGAUGUACAAAGGAGGCAAACCUACAAGGAAUGCAGCAGGCAAGAUCAUCAAGUCAGCAGUGUUCCAAUCUCGCUUGCCAUCCGGGUCAGUGGCUAGGGUGGAGCCUAACCGUAGAUGGUUUGGUAACACUCGAGUGAUCACACAGUCAGCCUUGCAAACCUUUCAGGAGGAGAUGGGUAAGGUCUUGAAAGAUCCCUACCGAGUGGUCAUGAGACAAACUAAACUGCCUAUCACACUAUUACAGGAGAAAUCCAAGAAUUCGAGAGUUCACAUUUUGGACACAGAAAGCUUUGAAACAACAUUUGGCCCCAAGAAACAAAGGAAGAGGCCCAACCUGAAGGUGUCAGAUUUACAGGAUCUUCUCAAAACUGUGGAAGACUCCGCGGAGAAAUACGAUGAGGAGAAAGACAAAGACCUUGUGACAGACAAUGAAGGGGUCAGGCCAGAGGUCAGAGAGUGGAUCUUUGGAGCAGGGCAGUCAAAGAGGAUAUGGAAUGAGUUGUAUAAGGUGAUUGACUCAUCAGACAUUGUAGUACAAGUCCUGGAUGCUAGGGAUCCCAUGGGUACCAGAUCCAAGUUUGUGGAGACUUACCUGAAGAAAGAGAAACCCCAUAAGCACUUGGUCUUUGUAAUGAACAAGGUGGACCUGGUGCCUACAUGGGUCACGAAACGUUGGGUUGCCCUCCUGUCUGCUGAAUACCCCACUCUGGCAUUUCAUGCAAGUGUCAAGAAUCCAUUUGGUAAAGGCGCCCUCAUUCAACUCCUCAGGCAGUUUGGCAAGCUUCACAUUGACAAGAAGCAGAUUAGCGUUGGCUUCAUUGGUUACCCAAAUGUCGGUAAGAGUUCCAUCAUCAACACUCUACGAGCCAAGAAGGUCUGUAAGGUGGCACCGGUACCCGGUGAGACCAAAGUCUGGCAAUAUAUCACAUUGAUGAAGCGCAUCUUCCUGAUUGAUUGCCCUGGUGUGGUCUACCCAACUGGCGACACAGAUGCAGAGAUUGUCCUGAAAGGAGUGGUGCGGGUUGAAAGGCUUGAGACCCCCGAGGACUACAUUCCAGCCCUUCUUGACCGGGUCAAGCUGGACUAUAUAACGAAGACCUACCGAGUGACUGACUGGACAGAUCCCAAUGAUUUCUUGGAGAAAGUUGCCCAGAGGACUGGCAAACUGCUCAAGGGUGGGGAGCCAGAUGUCCGAACCGUUGCCAAAAUGGUUCUGAAUGACUGGCAACGAGGGAAGGUACCAUUCUUUGUCAAGCCUCCAAACUGUGAACUGGAUCCAGAAAAUGAGAAGGAAGGUGUGUCAGAUAAGACAAAGAUGACAGUUCCCAGUGAUGAAUAUAAAAGUGUUGGACCCCCAGAAACCUCACAAAGUGAAGUAACCAUCACCUCCUCAGUGGAUAAAAACACCGCUUCUGAAAAAUCGCAAGCCACUAAAUGUGUCUCAUCAGUACAUCAGGAUUUCAGUGGCAUUAGCAUAGGGGUGGACUUUGCAAGCGAUGAUUUGCAGCCAGAUGAAAACAGAAGAGGAAGCUCGCCUGUGAGCACUAGCGGAGAGGACGUAGAAAGCCCCCUUGUGGCCAGUACUGGAGAAGUUGACACAGAACGGUCCCAAACAGAUCCAGUUGCUGAAGAUGUGACUGAAAUUGUCCCUGACAAGGACAGAAAGAGGCCAAAAUCAAAGACUCAGAAACUCAAAGCACCCUCCAUGGAAAAAAUGAUAGCCAAGUACAAGUCUAGUGCACCAAACUCAGAGCCAGCCAAUAUUGGUGUGACUGCAUUUGGGGUGAAUGCUUUCCUCAGUCGAGACAAUCAGAAGAUGUUAGCCAGCAUUCAGGCAGCCAGGAAACUCAAGGAAUCUAGCAAGGAAGAAGGGAACUCUGCAACAAAAACAUCCAAAAAGAAACCAGUUGGACGUUCCUUCCUGAAACUUGACAAAGUUGAGGACACUGAAGAUGACAAGAGAGGUCAAAUGAGGAAACGAUAUUUUGAAACAGUAGACGAUGAGGAUGAUGGCAGGAAGGCCAAGCAGAGCAAAGGGUUUACUGCCAAAGAGCGGAGGCGAAACGAAAGGAAAGCACAAUCCAAGAAGACAGGUCAGCACUACUAUGCUACAGCCAAUGUCAAGAAUAAAAACCGCAAUAGGAGCAGAGAUCCCAAUGCUAGACCAAGAAAGGGGAUCAAACAGAGGAGAUAAUGGAUACAAUCUUAUUUAGUUAUGAAUGAUAACUCUUCCACAAUGUAAAUUCUAUUAGAUGAUGAAAGUCUGAAGAUCAUUAAUAAAUCACACCAAUACAUGGAUCCACUAACAUGUAGCCCAUCCAGUGAGCAAGUGAUCAUAUUCCUCUUCAGUGCUACACUGCAUGUUCAAGCCUUGUGCUGCAUUCAGACAUAUAGAGGUCUUUUUCAAAUUUAUAUCAAAACUGUAACUUGUCAAAACACCACUGGGCAGGGUUCAGUACUUUGAUUAAAUGUCUGUUUAACCUAACUUGUUUUCUCUGAAUAUUUUUAGUUGAUAUAAUUCAGGAUCAAGGCAAAAUGGACAACAAUGUUUAAUGGGACAAACAAGAUCCAAUUUUCAAAAUAAUUCACUCAUAAGUUAACCCAGUAUGAAUUUUUAUGUGAAAUAACAGAAUUCCCUGGUGAAAAGUUGUUGAAUUUCAAGAACAAAGAACAGUUUGUCCAGGCCUCGAAAAGAUAUGGGUAUUUAAUGCAAGACUUCUGCAGACUCACUGACAUUGGCUCGGUAGCUGUCAGAUAAAUGCUGUCCACACUAUUUAUGGUUGAUUUCAAGCAGACUUCUGAAAAUGAGGCUUUAAGAGUGUUUAUUAAAAUGAUUACAAAAUA